CUUUCAACAGAACACGAUGUAUUAGGUCCGCCGAGCAGCCUGUGUUGAAUGUGCGGGAGUGAAUGCGCGCCCUGCUCUUUCUCUUCUGGGAUAGAUGGCGGCUCCCACUAAACAGUAUGGGCUGAUUCUGCCCAAGAAAGCCCAGCUGAAGACAGCAGUGCUACAGAGACCCUCGGUGUUCGGGGAUGACUCUGACGACGAGACUUCCGUUGGCGAGAGUUUGCAGAAGGAAGCCGUGAAGAAAAAAAUGAUGAAACAGACGCGUCUGGAGAUGCAGAAGGCUCUGGAGCAGGAUGCCAGCGUGUACGAGUACGACAGCGUGUACGAGGAGCUGCAGAAGAAGAAAGAGGAGAGCAGCGCCAAAGGGCUGGCCGGGGCGGACAAGAAGCCCAAGUACAUCGCUAACCUGCUGCGCGCUGUGGAGUUGCGGAAGAAGGAGCAGGACCGCAGGAACGAGCGGAAGAUCCAGCUGGAGCGCGAGGCCGAGGGGGAGCAGUUCCAGGACAAGGAGGCCUUCGUCACCUCUGCAUACCGCUCCAAACUGCUGGAGACACAGGAGGAGGAAGAGAGCGAGAGGAGGGAGGCAGCGAUCGAGGCUGCGCUGGAUGUGAAGAAGCAGGAGGACUUGAGCGGGUUCUACAGGCACCUCCUGAACCAGACUGUGGGAGAGGAGAAGCUGCCAGACAGGGAGAAGCGCAGGGAUCCCCCGGUUAAUGAAUCUCAAUCCCUACGUGGCCACAACCCGCAGGACAGCCAAGAUAAAGACGACGACUGUGAGAUUGAUAGUGAGGGGGAGGAAGAGCAGAGGGAGAAAACCAAGGGGGGGAGCUCUGAGGCAAGCAAGGCAGGGGCAGGGGCAGGGGGAGGCAGCAGCGGGCACCCCAAGAGGCAGUACCGCCAGAGAUCACCCUCGUCCGAGAGCGAGGUGGAGAUGGAGAAAAAGGAGAGGGAGAGCGAAGGACAAAUGGAGAAGAAACACCGCAAGGACAGGGACAGAGAGAGAGGAGACAGGCACAGCCGGAGCAGGAAAGAGGAGAGGAAGAGGGACAGAGGCGACCGGGACAGAGAGGACCGCCACAGGGGAAAGGAGGAGCGAGACAGGAGGGAGAAAGACAGGAGGAAGGAGAAAGAUAGCAGAAGGACAGCCAGUCCAAAAGAGAAGGGAAAAGUGGAGGAGGGAGAGAGGGUGAAGGAAAAGGAGGAGAGAGGCUCCCCAGCAGAAGAGAAACGCAGCCGUGGCGGAAGCAGCAGUUCCUCCGCAGUGCCAGGAGGAGGCGGCAAAGAGGUGCCAGAGACGGGAGGAGAGCAGGCGGAGCCCAGCGUUAAUAAAUUUGCCAAGCGCAGCAGCGAGGAAACUGUGAUGUCAGCUCGGGACCGUUACCUGGCGAGGCAGAUGAGUCGCUCGGCCGCUAAGACGUACAUCGAGAAGGAGGAGGACUGAUCACAGCGGAUUUUCCAGACCUGCACUCGGAGCUCAGGCAGUGCAUGGGACCCACCAACUGUGCACAGCUCACACGGCAGCCCCCGGGGGCAGCCUCACCCAUGCGUUAAAGGUGUGAUGGUAAUUGAGAUGUUAACGAGACGGAGGUCGGGAUGCAGUAUUGCAAUGGAGUGUAGGUCCUUAAUCUGAUCUUCUUGUUUAGGUGAACCUAGGUCAUGAAGUGGAAAGACUAUAAAGACACUGGGGGGGGGUAUGGUUUUAUCGAAACUGCUUGCCAGCCUUUAUUUAGUGCAGUGUUUCUGACGAUCUUAUGAUCUGUUUUGUUUAAAGUUAUCAUUAACGAGAGAAUAUGUUUUUUGAGAUUUUUUUGUGUUGCUGCAUGCCAAGCCAAGCCAAGCCAAGCCAAGCCAGGGUAAAACCUGAAACCUUUUCACAUCCAGGUCGUCGAUUUACUAGAACAAGAGGUCCUGUCUUUGCAGUCCCAUACCUUCCUAAUGCUCUGUGCACCAGUUCAUUAGUAACACCCAGCUGAACAGCGGCUACAGUGUGAGGAGACCAGAAAGCAGGCUUCCUAAAGUGUCAGUCGAUUCCCAUAGGGUUAGGGUUCAGAAUGGGACAUGUUCCAUUAAAGGCAAUCGUAAAGCAAGACCUAAUUUAGUAAGAUUAGGAAUUGAUGCUAUAAUCCUGCUUGCUUAUGGCUGUUUAAUAAAGAAUGCAGUGUAACUUUGUAGUUUUUAGAUGAAGGGGCUUUUUGCUUAUCACCUGAUAAAAUGGAAGAGUAGAAGCUUUUGUCUUCAUCUCUGAAGUACUUUAUCUAGUGAAAGGGACUUGUGGUUAUUGUUUGUUUUUUGUAAGUCAUGUUUGUUUUGCAAGCUCCGAGCGAUACGUUAUUAAAUGUACACCCCUCCCCUCAGUUCCGUCUCGGGGUGAAUCCAGGCAGGCUGUGUGCACACUUUGAUAUCUUUACUGCAUUUUAUUGAAUCUUGAAAGAUUAAACCCUGGGGUGAUAAAGGA